UCCGAUCACUAUCGCGACAUACCGACUUCGACGAAUAUCCACCUUCCACAACAAAGUUCCGACCGUAUCACCGGUAGACUUGAUGUAUCGAACUCACACGGAAUAACCUCUGACCACUACUACUAAGAUGGCCGGCGUCUUAUGCACGUGGGCGGCCAACAUCUCCGAGACCGCGGAGAAGUAUUAUGAAGAUGAAUACAUUCCUUUGAUGACCUCAAAACUUGCUCUACACUCGCUUCACUGUGAGUUGGUUGAGGUUGGGCUGGACGCAGAAGUGGACGGUGUUGGGGAGCGAGAGGCGCCCUGGAAAUGGCUCACAGUCUACGAGAUGGAAGACGCAGACAAAGCGACGGCGGCAGUGUACGAUAAGAGCAACCACAUUGAGAUGGCCGGAGACAUGGCACAAGCAAGAUUCGACGUGCGGACAUACAAAGAACACAAAAGAUGGCAGCAGGGUGACUGGCAGGGCGGUACGCGAACGAUACUGCACCGCCAUCAACACAAGGAAGCUAAUCAAGAAACAGACCACGCAGACAUAGUUAGUGUAGCUGUGAUGGAGUGGCAAAUCCGUGCGGGCAGUGAACAGGAGGUUCUGGAUUUCUACAAGUCUGAAGCUGCGCCUACAAUCGCAUCGUCACCCGACGUCCUUAGAUUCCGCAUGUUCCAGGUCCAGAAUGCGACUGUGCUGAAGGCGGGCUCAUACGAUACACUCGAACAGGAAAAACUGCACACAUAUCUCACAUUGGUAGAGCUUGAGACCGAGGAAUGGCCGUGGGAUGCAGUCGUUGCACUGGGCGAGAAGCCAAAGUGGAGAGAGUAUUUUGACAAGCAAAAUGUCGUGAAGUGGCAGAGUAGUCAUUAUCUGGUCAAGAGAAGUUAUCCUGACUCAGACGAGGGAAGUGACAAGCAGUAGCAUGAACGAAUCUGCGCUUGAACUAAGCGGGUUCUACGUAUCCUACAUUCGGCUUAUUUCACGAUACCUGGCUUACGAAGCUAAAGACUGUUUUCUGUUGUCUAUUAUCAUCUGUUGUUACGACCUUACCUGGCCCUGGCCCAGGAAACUAGCUGGGCACGUAA